AUGGCGACGAAAGCUACCGUUGAUGAUAGGUCCAAGGAUCUCGACGAUUAUUUCGUUGGGCCUCGCGACAUGUCCCAUCAUUCGCGCUGGCCAAUGUGGCUCCGAAUGCACGGGAGCGUGCUGUCCGAAAUGGCUCUCCCGCUGCUCUUCGUUGGCGGUUGGGCGACGCUGAUAACGUGCCUCUGCAAGUUCGUACAUAAUUUGGGCAUCAACAGCGUCCUUCUUACUGUGCUGGGUUUCGUCGUCGGUCUCGGCCUGUCUUUCCGCUCCUCUUCGGCCUACGAACGUUAUAUGGAGGGUAGGAGGUACUGGGCUACUCUCAUAUUGACAUCCCAGAAUCUGGUCCGCCUCAUCUGGAUUCAUGCGGACGAGCGAGACGGCGAUGUAGGCAAGGAGGAUCUCCUGGGCAAGAUCACCGCAUGCAACUUGAUUGUAGCCUUCGCCGUAGCCUUGAAGCACAAGCUGCGCUUUGAGCCAUACGCGCACUACGACGACCUGAAGUCCCUCAUCGGCCACCUCGACACCUUUGCCCAGGCGGCUGGGGCGUGUCACACGAGCAACCAGAAGAAGCAAAAUCUGCUGAAGACAACAGGCGAGUUUCUCGGGGAGCUGAAGCGUGCCGCCGUCCCCCUCGGAAACCUGCCUCUCGAGAUCCUAUCCAACCUCAGCGCCUACAUCAAAGAGCUCUUCACCAAUGGCACCUUCAAGGUCUCCAUCUACCAAACCCAGGCCCUCAACAACCUCAGCACCCUCAACGACGUCCUCACCGGCACCGACCGCGUGCUCAACACGCCCCUCCCCAUCGCCUACUCCAUCGCCAUCAGCCAAAUCACCUGGGUCUACGUCUGCAUGCUGCCCUUCCAGCUCUACAAGACCCUCGAAUGGGUCACGAUCCCAGCGACCAUUGUCGCCGCCUACAUCAUCCUCGGCAUCGCGCUCAUCGGCAACGAGAUCGAGAACCCCUUCGGCAACGACGUCAACGAUCUCCCGCUGGACACCUUCUGCGAGGAGCUGAGGCAGGAUGUGGCGGUCAUUACGAGUAAGGCGCCGCCAAAGCCGAGGGAUUAUGUCAAGAGUGCGUUGAAUUUGCCGCUUUUCCCCUUAAGCCAGGGUGGGUUCGAGCAGUGGUCGGAUAAGGGGGUUGAGGGGAUCCGGGAGGGGCUGAGGGCAAGAGCGCGUUUGGGGAAUGCCAGUAAAGAAAAGAAUGGGGCGAAGGAGGCGAGCGGGAGGGAGGUGGAGGUUUGA